AUUGAUAAUGCUUGAAAAAAUUUCCCGACAGGAGCAUCAAGGAGGUGCACCAGGUUGAACUUUGCAGAAGAACUUGUCGUGACUUUGGACCAGGAGAAGACCCACGACUCAAUGGACAAAGUAACUCAUACCAGUAAAUGUGAGCAGGGCAGCAAUGGAAGCGCCUCCGAGCAAGGCAGGGCCACGAUCGUCUUUUCUCCAAAAAACCAAAUAGGUGGUCUGGCUAACGUGCUCAAGGUGUUCCAGGAAAAACACAUCAACCUGGUUCACAUCGAGUCCCGGAAGUCCAGACAAAAUAAUUCAGAAUUGGAGAUCUUUGUGGAUUGCGACGGCAACCGCCAGCAGCUCAAAAUGCUGACUCAGCUGCUCCGGAAGCAAACGGACAUCGUUGAAGUAGCUGUUGAAUCCGACCCCCCUUGUGACGGUAGGCUGCACAGUGUUCCCUGGUUCCCGAAGAAGAUCUCCGAUUUGGAUUUCUGCAACCAGGUUCUGAUGUACGGAUCAGAGUUGGACGCCGAUCACCCGGGAUUCCAAGACGGCGUUUACCGCCAGAGGAGGAAAUACUUUGCAGAUCUGGCUUCCAACUACAAGCACGGAGACCCGAUCCCUCGCGUGGAGUUCACGGCGGAUGAGGUGCAGACGUGGACUCAGGUGUACCGGGAACUCAACAAGCUGUAUCCCACCCACGCCUGUCGGGAAUACUUGAAGAACAUCCCCCUGCUGGUGGAGCGCUGUCACUACAGGGAGGACAACAUCCCCCAGCUGGAGGAUGUUUCAUGCUUCCUCAAAGAGCGCACAGGCUUCUCCAUCAGGCCCGUAGCAGGCUACUUGUCGCCCAGGGACUUCCUAGCAGGUCUGGCCUUUAGAGUCUUCUACUGCACUCAGUACAUCCGCCACGCCUCAGACCCCUUCUACACGCCUGAACCGGACACCUGUCACGAGCUGCUGGGUCACGUCCCCCUGCUGGCCGAGCCCAGCUACGCUCAGUUCUCUCAGGAACUCGGACUGGCGUCGCUCGGCGCCUCCGACGACGCCGUGAAGAAACUGGCCACGUGUUACUUCUUCACCGUGGAGUUUGGACUCUGCAAGCAGGACGGCAGACUGCGGGUCUACGGAGCUGGACUGCUCUCGUCCAUCAGCGAGCUCAAGCACGCUUUGACGGACAAGGCUCGCGUCCUUCCGUUCGACCCCGCCGUGACCUGCAGUCAGGAGUGCAUCAUCACGACGUUCCAGGACGUCUACUUUGCUUCGGAGAGUUUUAAGGAAGCCAAGAACAAGAUGAGAGAGUUCGCCAAAACCAUCCGUCGCCCCUUCGCCAUCCACUACGACCCGUACACUCAGAGCGUGGAGGUCCUGAAAGACGUGGGGAGCAUCGGCAACAUGGUUAAGGACAUAAGACAUGAGCUUGAAACCGUGGAGGACGCCCUGGACCGGCUCGACAAGUGCCCCAGACUCUGAGGCGAGAGCGAAGACGUUGGAGGACAGAUUGGUGCUUGAUGUGACGACCGGUCUGUCCACCAUUUGUUGGAAGUACGGUGGAACAUCUGAAAUCCAACACCCCUGAACUAGCACAGUUACUUAUAUUUGCCUACACAUUGGUCAUAGUUUUUACAGCGUAAUUUUGCAAAUGGAAAAACUGGUUCCACUGGUAUUUAUUUAAUUCUAUCGACUGAGAUGCCAGGUUUUUACCGUCAAAUGUUCAUAGUGUAAUACUAAUAGAUAAUGGAUGAAAGUAUUACACUUUCACCCAUUAUCUUUUAUGGUUUUGAUGAGAAAGACUUAAAAUAAUUGUGUAAUUCGUAAAUGUCAGGUUCAAGCACUGAUGACAUCUAUUAAACAAGACAAGAAGCAAGGAAUUAAACAGAGACAGAAUUAAA